UCGCUGCCCGCAGAGAGGCCCGCACGGCAGCGGGAGAGAGGCAGGGACACGGGACGCUGCUGCAGCCGCAGAGCAGAGACUCGAGGAGGAGCAGCUGCGGGCGCACACACAAAAGAAAACAAACCCACAACCACGGCAACUUUGCAGAGACGACAGACAGCCAUAAUGCGGCACCGCCCGCCGACCCCGGAGCUGAUGUGACUGUGCAAACCCAGAGCAAGGGAGGAAGCGGCGGACACCAUCACCACCACACGCCGGUGGUCGGACUGUCUGGUCUGGAGGAAGGUGGGGGGGAGGAGAGGACAUGUCCUCGCUAACCGUAGAGGGGGACCAGAAAUGGUUACCGACACACGUCCAGGUGACGGUGCUGAGAGGCAGGGGCUUACGGGGCAAGGGCAAGCACGGCACCAGCGACGUGUACACCAUCAUCCAGCUGGCGAAGGAGAAGUACUCGACCUGCGUGGCGGAGAAGACCACCGAGCCGGAGUGGAGGGAGGAGUGCUCGUUCGAGCUGCAGCCCGGCGUGCUGGAGACCGGCGGCGGGCGGAGCAGCUGUCCGGCCGGCAGCAACGAGCUGGUCCUCAUCGUGAUGCACCGGGCGCUCAUGGGGCUGGACGUGUUCCUCGGACAGUCGGUGAUCCAGCUGGAUAAGGUCUUUCAUGAGACUAGAUGCGUGAAAAACGAGUGGUACAAGCUCAACUCCAAGACGGGGAAGAAGGAGAAGGAACGAGGAGACAUUCAAGUCACGGUCCAGUUCACCCGGAACAACCUGACCGCCAGCAUGUACGACCUGGUCAUGAAGGACAAGGGCGCCUCCACCUUCGGCAAGCUCAAAGAGCGCAUCAAGGGGAAGAGGAGAUCCAGCGAGGAGGACUCUGCGUCGGCAGUCCUACCCAGCGGUUACGGGUCCCUUCACCGCAUACGGCAGCGGCUGCCGAGCGAUGGAGGCGGGGAGGAGGAUUACGAGGACGACGAGGGGGGCGAGGCCCGGCGGAGCAAGAUGAGGACCUUCUUCCUGAGAGGGAAGCUGAGGAAGUCGUCGGACACUCGUUCCAGCACGUCGCUGGGCUCGGAGAGCAGCGAGUCGUCGUCGCGGGGAGGGAGCCUGAGCCCCACGGCCGGCAUUAGCGUGGUGGUCUCCGACCUCUCCAACUCACCCAGCAACAGCAGCAACCUCACGGUCGACAACAGCCCAGAGCACACGUCCUCUCUCAUAUGCGAGUUCGGUGACGAGGACGGUGAGAUCACCAUCGCAGUGCCUCAGCCCACUGUGUGCGUUAACGGAAGCCAUGCUUACGGCGUCCAGCCCCUGGACCCGGGCUCAGGAAAACCUGCGGACUCUUUAGGCCUGGGCCCGCUGCAGAAGUCUUUGCCUCUCUCCGUGUCUCUGCAGAACCUCAGGCCUUCCACGGACCUCCUCAAGGGCCCCGUCGGAGAUGGGCGCCGCUGGUCUUUUGACAAGCCCUGCGAGGAGGAGAAGGCAGCCAUAGCGGCGGCCCUGGAGAAAAGCGGCCCAAUGCUGGGCGACGAGGAGGAGCAGUUGGGACGGUCCGCUCCGCCCAAAUCCGCCUCCUCCUCCUCCUCCACGGUGGAGUCGGAGAGCCAGGGGAAGAAGCAGAGGAGGAACUUGUUUUCUCAGGGGAGGAGCGGGUCUGCGGGGAGAGGACAGAGUCAGUCCAAGGAUGAGUCUGAACAGGCCCCCGCUGCCGCCGAGGAGAAACACAAGGGAUGGUUUGGAUCAAAGGACUCGCACAGCAAACCCAGCCUGGUGGUGUCACCUAAACUAGAACCCAGCACUGACCCCCACCCACCACCCAGUCACCACCCCCCGGGUCCCCCCGUAGAUCCCGCCCCUCCGGUUUCCCUGCUGCAUCACACUAACCCUUUCUCCCACUCACAGACCCCACCGCCUCCCAUAACCCCCUGCAACCCUUUCUUCUCUGUCCUCCAGCACAAUCCUUUCUAUGACGACCCGCUAACCCCUCAGCCCCUAAAACCUUCGCUGCCUCCUCUGCCCUAUCUCUCCAGUUCCCGGCCCCCCAUAGCUCAACUCUUUCCGCAGGCGGGUAACCCCACCCUGACUCACGACAACCCGCCCACAGAGGACGCCAUCACCGGUACGGUUGCAAAGAGCGAAGCUGGGGAACGACCUCUUGAAGGGGAGAAACCUUUAAGCAUGACGUUGCCUGGCCCUUUUGUGUGUGCCGUGGAGCUGAACCCGGACUCAGAGUGGGACGAAUCCUUUGAAGCGUUUGCAGCUGGCAGGCUGCAGUCUCCUGAGGAUCUAACCACAGACUGCAAAACACAGCAGAACACACCCGGCGAUCAUCCACUGGAACACUGCGCUGAUAAAGGAGUAUCACUACCUAUAACGGAUCCAAACGACACACUACAUCGCCAACCUUGCACGGGAUUUGCAUCCGAUGCACAAAAAGCCCUCGGCCAGGCAACCGGCACAAGUCAUUUUGACACAUUUGCACAAUUCCUCGAGACAAUCCCGGAGCACGCAAGCUUUGAGAUUGACAACAUCCCUUUGAGUAACACAUCAGAACUGGAUGCUGAAACUAAUCAAGCUAACAGCGCUACUAACGCAAACGAUUUAACCGACACUAAUGGGCACCAGGCCCCCUGUCACUCCCCCUUUGUAAAGCUCAACAGCAGCUCCCCAGAUCCCGGUUCUUCGGGUAUCGGCAGUUCAGAAGCAGAAGAGGAUUUCCUCUCCUGCCUCUCGUCUUAUACAGACAAAUACUCUGCAUCCUCCUCCGAGGAAGCCGAGGCACAGCACUUUGAAAGCAACAUCCUCUGCUUUGAGAAAUCCUCUGAUUCAUCUGUUGUAAAGCACUCAGAAUCAGAAGAUGACAUGACCGACAGGUCCACUGAUCUGUCUUUAGCCGAUGUAGCUCAGCACACUGUUAUUCAGCACGGUGACGCUGAUGAAGAGGCAGAUCUCAGCGGUUUAGAGCGGUCAUUGGCACAGCAGUCCCCAGUGCUUACGCAUCAGCAGCCGGUGAUCAAUGCAAGUGAGGACGCUGGUACUCAGUCACCAAACCUUUCAAGCACUGACUUGUUACCAGAAAUGCAGCCGGAAUCCAAAGAAUCUCUACAGUCUGACAACGAAAACGGAGAGAAAUCCACAGGUGAAGGUCUGCAGGAUGUCUGCACAGUGUUAAAUGAUUCCUCUGUAUCUGUAUGCGACACUACGGAUAUGAUGACUUUUACGAUUCCAGAUGAGAAACUCUACUUCACACACCCAUCAGUACACAUCAUAACCUCCUCCCCUGAUGUGAGGCGGAGUUUGUUGGACUCGCCCAUUGAGAGCACAGAUGUAGGAGGGCAGGAUGCAAGCCAGCGUUCCCCAAUACCAUUCGGGCUUCUUGGCGAUUUCCUCAAUGCCAGUCACAUUGCGAACGGUCCCAGCCGAGACUUUGAGGACGCGCUGUUGCACACCCGGUUGUCCACUCAGAGCACCAGCAGCUUUUUCCCAAGCCUCUCUGUCAGCACAGACUCGCAGGAUUACCAAACCUCCAGCGGCUCGGAGCCAAACGCGACGCUGCACUCUGCGAACUUGACGCUCUGCGGCGAGCUGAAUGACACGCAUACAACUGCUGAGGCUGCUUUGGGCCAAGAAGAUUCCACCAAUGAAUGCAAGCCGCGUGACGAAGAAAUCAAACAGAACGACCGAUCUGGAGGAUCCGUCUGCGGAGCUGAGGACAAGACGGCGACUCUCGAGUCAAGUUUCAUGAUGGCGGAUGACUUCGGUUUCCUCCCCGCGGCAUCUACGGACUCUUACGCGAGCUUUGAUCUAAGGAAGCUCAACGAGGGAGGUGUGGAAAGUCAGCACGUGUUGUCGCUGAGUCCCGAGCCACAAAGUGCUACGCUACACCGCUCCCACUCUGAAGGCACACUGACACCUGCCUUUGACGAACUCCUCCUCCUGCCCUCCUUUGCGAGCGAUCCCGGUGCGAUACAAGAGUCCUCCUCGGCUCAGCCUGGCCCUCACCUCCCCUCUCUGACCUCCUUUGCUCCCUGUCUAACUCCUCAAAGCAAUAGCUCCCCUUUCGCGCUCUGUUCCCUCCCGCUUCUUGCCAACGCUGCGGCGAGGUCACCACCCAGCACGGCGCGAGCUGCGGCGCCAAAGCCAAUGCUUCAGGAGACGCCGCCUCCGCCGCCUCGGCAGCAGCAGGCAGCCAAUCAGCAGAACAGCCCCCACCCAGUGAAGCCCCUGAGUACUGCCACACCGGCUGACGAGAAGCGGACUGAGGGCCGGUCAGUGCUGGCCACCGGCCUGGAGAAGCUCAAGUCCACCAUCCACCCGGGGAGGAGCAGCCAGCUCAGCCAGCUUAGCGAGCAGGAGACGGACAGGAAGAAGGUAACGUCCGUGACUGAGGGAGCGGGCUCGUACUACCACCUGAACCACCGUGAACUGGUCGCCCUGCUGGUGCAGCGGGAGGCCGACCUGGAGAGGCAGAAGGCGGAGUUUGAGCGUCAGAAACUUAUGCUGGCUAAGCGGGAGGUGGAGCUGAGGAAGUUGAAGCCGCAGGUCAAAGACCUGGAGGACUACAUUGACACGCUGCUGAACACAUUCUUUGGUCGGUUCAGGCACUUCCUGGACGUGAUUGACCCCAGCACACUCUUCGUGACAGAGAAACGUCUGCAGGAGUCUGUGGAGCUGCUCGACCGCUUCAAACAAGGAACUCUGCCGGCGGGAGUGACAGAUGCUCAGCUUUGGCAAGCUCAGAAAAUAAAGCAGGCCAUCAUCCACCCUGACACGGGGGAGAAGGUCCUCAUGCCCUUUCGGAUGUCAGGGUUUAUCCCCUUUGGCACACCAGUGGUUGUUGGCCUCCUUCUACCAAAUCAAACAUUGGUGUCGACGAUCUUCUGGCAGUGGUUAAACCAGAGUCACAAUGCCUGCGUGAACUACUGCAACCGCAACGCCUCCAAGCCGGCUCCAAUUUCCAGAUUCUUCCAGGGAUACCUCGGUGCAGUGACCAGCGCGGUGUCCAUUGCUGUCGGGUUGAACUUGUUAAUCCAGAAGGCCAGUCGCUUCAGCCCAACUACCAGGCUCUUGGUGCAGAGGUUCAUCCCCUUCCCAGCAGUGGCCUGUCAUUCAAUUAGAUUAUGAAGACCUUAACCGGAGGGAAAGACACGCCGCUAGAAAGGUAUGGGGAUAAUUUGUUGUCGUUUGAAGGUAUUAAUCAUGAUUUAAUUAUUAUUAAUAUUUCCGUAAUUAUGUGGAAAGUCCUUUAGUGCAUUCCCAGUAUACCACGAGGUAUUAGACGGCAAUUAGAAUGUACAUAAAUGUAAUUAUUUUAAAUAGUUACAAAUUACAGCCAGAUAUUUAAGCAUUGAGCUGCUCAGACUUGGCAAUAAUUGAUUCACUUUUAUAAUUACUUUGAUGCCUUUUAUUAAUUUAGUUACAAUUGAGUUUUUUUGUUUGACCUGUUUGCUGUAGUUUGUGUUAUUCGUUGCUAAAAUCCCGCUGUCUGUCCCUCUGUUAAUUGGUGCGGAUAAUAAAAAGACAUCCCUUGUAGGUAGAAAGAGCUGUUUGCUCAGUCAAUUGAAUUCCCCUCACAGAGCGCCCUGCAGCCGCGCGUAGAGAUAACUCCCAACGCUGUUGUCUUAAAUUAAAAAGGCUCGCGGCGACACCACUAAACUCUCUAAAAUGACUUUUUCUUAUUCCUAUUAGAGUCAAGGAGAAAGGUCCAUCUGUAUUAACAUACAUUUGGGUUCACUUUGGCUCUCGUGAAUAAAUCACAGGCAGACAACACUGCUGUUAACUGCUGUGUGCUGACCCAUCGGUCACCUUGGUCACGCUGCUCGUUGCUGAUUCGACCGACUUAAGACAGAAGCUCAGCGUUCAGUUUGUGGAUUGUGGCGCACGUGACUUAGUGAUGAAGGCUUUUCAGUGAGUAGAGCCAGGAGAGCUGCACUGACUUCUAAAAGAACACUCAAUGACAUAAAAUGUACCAUAUUUUCAUCACAGUUUAAAUUGUCUUUUAUGUCUAAAAGAUAUCAUUUUCUAAUGAAGGCAAGAGAGGACAUCGGCAAAGCUCAUUUCUUGGAUAUUGUGUCCUGAUCAUAAUAUAAAGUUUACAGGUUAGCAGCUCUGUGAGACUUUGAGCAUCAUGCUAACAUCAUGACAAUGCCAACAUGCUCACAAUGACAACAAUAGCACGCUCGUGUUUAACAGGUGCGAUUUGCCUCCUUAGCUACAAAGCUAAUGUUGCUAGCAGUAGAGCGCUACAUGUUUUGUCGAGCUGUUUUUCUGCGAUGAUGUAAAAACGCCUUCAGACGUCGUUUCUCAGCAACAAGAUACAAAAUGUCUUUCCAACACAACACCAAGAACUCGCUUUGCGCCUGUUUGCUUCAAAGCAAAAUUCAGGGUCAGGAGAAUAGGAACCGGUCAUUGCGCUACAUUGUUUUCACCAGCGUGUUAGCAUGCUAACAUUUGCUAAUUAGCACUAAACCCAUUUGUUUUGAAGCUAUUUGGUCACAAGCCAACAUGUUGGACAAAAUAAAAGAUGUGAAGAUGCUGCUUGAGGUUAUUAAAGAUGCCGAGGAGAAGAUGAAUGUGUGCAGCACAUCUGAGGAAACAGCCUACUUGUUAUCACAACCGCACAACUUCUUUGAACUGUGAAACCCGUUUUCACAUGAUAAUGAAAUAAGUAGUUGGUCAACUCAAAACAGAGAAUAUUUUGUCUUCAUCUUGGUAAUUAUAAUAAUUAUAUAAUUAAUGCAGGAAACAAAAAACUUCUGAAAUUCUGAAAUUAUUCUCAUGAAAAGAAAUGCAUCCUCUCCAUCCUUCCAUAAAGUUCCUGUUCAACCAGUCUGAUGAUGUUAGCACUCAUUCUUGCAGUGCCUACCACAGUACCCUUGAGCAAGGAACUGAACCUCUUCCUGCUCCAACGACACUUUCCAGGCUGCCUGAUCUUAAACCUCAGCCGGAAAGUGAAAAGACAAUUUCCUCAUUUGUGAGCUAAUAAAGAAUGUCAACUUCCUCAAGGUGAGACUCUUCACUUUCAUUUUUAAAAGCCUUCUCGCCUCCCGACAGCGACUGCAAACGUCUGCAACGUGGUGCUCAUGAGACACUCCGAGCUGUCGGAGGGCAUCAGCGUGCUC